AUGAAAAAGAAAACCAAUUCCCAACCCUAUGGUGGUGGGCAAAAGAAGAACAAUAAUAACAAUAACCGCAACAAUAACAAACAAAAACCAUCCAAUACAACAACACAACAGCAAACAACAACAUCAUCUUCAAUAAUUCAGCAACAACAACAAGCUAAUGCGACUGCUACCACUACUCCUAUUGUUAACAAUAAUACCACAACUGCCACUCAACAAAAUUCCACAACUACUGCUAGUAGCAGCAAUGUUAACAAACAAGAAGGUAAAGCAUCAGUUCUUAUUGGUGAUAAACCAUUGGAUCCAUAUUUGACUGAAUUAUUCUCUGUCUUGAUGAGUGGAACAAAAGCUUCCAAUGAAAUCCCAUCUUCCAAGGAAUUUGACUUUCUCACUUCACAUUUUCCACAAUUUAGAGGUGCUAUGGAUGAGUCUGCAAAUGCUUUGAAGUUAGCAUUAUCUUCAUUCCUUGGUCAAAAGAACAAGUCCAAUUCUGUUAUGGAUGACCCAGAAGUAAUGUUUGAAUCAACAGUUGAUUUACUUGACCAAUAUUUUGAAAAUGUAGAUAUGGCUCUUGAUGAAAUGGAUAUGGAAUCUAACGCUGAUAGUGUCGGAGUGAAUCCUUCACAAAGUAAUUCAGGUUCUUCUGACCAAACCCUUAAAUCAAUGAGCAGACCCCAAUUGAAAUGGAACGAUGUUGAUAACAGAAACAUGCCGUUCGUACCAAAUUUGAAAUCAAAACCUAACGCAUUUGUUGCCUCACUCGAAAAGUCAAUGAAGAUUGGUUCCUUAGAUGAUGAUGAUGAAGAAAUGAGUGGUGGUACUAAAAAGAUGGGUGUAACCUUUGAACAUAGCACUUUACCUCCAUUCCCAUUCCGUUUUGGAGUAGGUAAUGGUGUUGGUGGUGAAACAACUCGCCAAAGUUCUCCUCAUCCAUACUUGCCUGAAUUGUUGAGUCUUCAAUUUAUGAAAUCACAAACGACGCCUCCUGAGAAGGCUAUUUCUUAUGCUCCUCUAGAAAACUCACCUUGCACAUGGAUUAGCACUGUGGAAGAUCUUCACAAGCUAGCUACAAUCUUGGAAGGCCAAGAUGCUUUCGCAAUAGAUUUGGAACAACACAGUUAUCGUUCAUUCCAAGGUUUUGUUUGCCUUAUGCAAAUUUCUACAAGAAGUGAAGACUUCCUCAUAGAUACUCUUGAAUUGAGACAACACAUGCAUAUUCUUAAUUCCUCCUUCACACAUCCUAAGAUUGUUAAGGUUAUGCAUGGUUCCGAUUGUGAUAUUUUGUGGCUGCAGAGAGAUUUUGCAAUUUAUUGUGUUAACUUGUUUGAUACCGGUCAGGCUUGUAGAACUCUUGCUUUACCUGGUUGUUCUCUUGCCUACUUGCUUAAGCACUAUUGCGGAAUUGAUGCUGAUAAAAAGUAUCAAUUGGCUGAUUGGCGAGUGAGACCUCUCCCAAGUGAAAUGGUAAAAUAUGCUAGAGAAGAUACUCACUAUCUAUUAUACAUUUAUGAUAGAUUGAGACAAGAUAUUUUCAACACCAAACCCAACACUUCUACUGUUUCUGGAUUUGAAAGAAUGGAAGAAGUUUUGGUAAGAUCUAAGGAAUUGUGUAUGAGAAGAUAUGAAAAGGAACUCUUCUCAGAAACUUCAUAUCUUUCCCUUAUCAAAUUCUCUAGAGGAUGUACAGCAUCCAUUAGUGAAAAUGUUAUUCGAGUUUUAUUCAAGUGGAGAGAUACUGUAGCUAGAAAAGAUGACGAAAGUAUUCGUUACGUUUUACCUGAUCACAUGAUUCUCUCAAUAGCCCAAGAAGCUCCAACUGAGGUUAGUCAAUUGUUAAGUUGUUGUAACCCAGUUCCUAAACUUGUCAGAAGAGAUGCUAAAAUUAUUGUUGACUUGAUAACCAAGGCAUUACAAAGUCGUGAUAUGCCAGAGCCAACAUUCUCCACACCAUCUAAGAUCCCUGAUGAAAGCUAUAUUAAUCAACAUGCCAAACCAUCUUUUGAACUUGAAUCACCAAUUGUUAAUCCACAUUACAAGACUCCUUCAAGAAUGAGUCCUGUUAUGAAUACUGAUGAUUUAUAUAACAUUGCUGGAUGGAUUGAAUCCAAGAAUUAUUAUCCAUCAUCUUCAAUGUCCAAACUUACAUUUUCUGAGGAGGAAGAUGAAGUUUUGGAAACCAUUGAAAAUAUCAGAAAACACUCCAAUGUAAAUGUCACUCCAAGCAAGAAAUCAUCUCUUUUCUUCCCUCCUAGCAACAGUAGCUUUAACAAAGAUAAGGUAUCACAAAUCAUGUCUUCAUUCUCUCUAGGUAAUGGACAAACAUCCAACAAGCAACAAAACGAUGAAGAUACAUCCAUGAUGGACAGUAGUAAUAUCCUUACAGACGAUCCAACAUUGGAUGAUGCUAUGGAUACAUCCUCUAGCUUUAUUAACACUCCUAUUAAUAACACAAAGAACCCAUCUGCACGUGUGACUCCAGAAGAAGAGCGUGUUCCAUUGAGUCUCAACGAAAUUUACAAACUUUCUCAAAAGAAUAGAAAGAAGAACAAGCAAAAGAAGAAGCUCAAACAAGAUUCUGUCUCUGAUCCAUCUCCAGCUUAUGAUGGUGAUGAUAAUGAUGAUGAAGACAUUGUUAUUCAUCAACCAACUAUUCCAACACCAUCAGAAUCAAUUCCAACUCAAAAACCAGUCGAUUUUAUGAAAAAGAUUGGUUGGUUGGGAGCUGAAGAAGAAUUAUCUGCUUCAGAAGAAGAAAAGGAAGAAGAAGUUAAUGCUUCAGUUGCUGUUAAGGUUCCAAACUAUAGCAAACCAAACAUGAAUGUUCGUAAAAAACCAUCUAAAAAUUAUGUGCAGAAUAGGCAACAUAAAUACUAAACCUAAGCUUAUUAAAAUGGAAGUUUCCUAUU